AUGGCGAGCGUCAACAUGGUGCCGCGACCGCUGCUGCUGGGGCUCGUGGGGGUCCUCCUGGCCGCCCAAACGGCUCGUGUGCGAUGCCUGAACGGCGACGAGGACCAGAGCCAGGACACCGAGUGCAAGAUGAAGAGCGUCACCGUGUCGGCGCUGCCGUUUCUGAGGGAGAACGACCUGAGCAUCAUGCACAGUCCGUCGGCCUCCGAGCCCAAGCUGCUGUUCUCCGUGAGGAACGAUUUUCCCGGGGACGUCGUGGUGGUGGACGACCUGGAAAACACCGAGCUCCCCUUUUUCGUCCUGGAGAUCUCUGGAAACUCAGAGGACAUCCCUCUGGUGCGCUGGAGGCAGCAGUGGCUGGAGAAUGGCACUCUGCUCUUCCACAUCCACCAUCAGGAUGGCAGCCUGAACCUCCCAGAGCCAACUGAAGACCCCGCCAACAAUUCUGCAAAGGAGGAGCUCCGCAUCUUGCACAUCUCUGUGAUGGGCGGGAUGAUCGCCCUUCUGCUGUCCAUCCUUUGCCUGGUCCUGAUCCUCUACACCCGCAGGCGCUGGUGUAAGCGCCGCCGCAUCCCUCAACCUCAGAAGAGCGCCAGCGCUGAGGCAGCUAAUGAGAUCCACUAUAUCCCCUCAGUGCUGAUGGGAGGCCAGGCCCGAGAGAGCUUGAGGAACUCACGGGGUCAGGGGCCAAACUCCAGUGGCACCCUCAGCAUCCGAGAGACACCGAUUCUGGAUGGGUAUGAGUACGACAUAACCGACCUACGUCACCACCUGCAGCGGGAAUGUAUGAAUGGUGGCGAGGAAUUUGCCAGCCAAGUCACCCGUACCCUAGACUCCCUCCAGGGCUGUAAUGACAAGAAUAAUAUGGACCUCACACCUGUGAGUGACAACACCAAGCUGGCACUAAUGAACAAAUACAAGGACAACAUCAUCGCCACAAGUCCCAUCGACAGCAACCACCAGCAGAAUACGCUGCUUCCACACAACACCUCCACUAGCCAACGCAAACGCCUCUCCAGCAACACCCGUGCGGGUUCAACUUUCUUGAACCCAGACGGGGACUCUGGGACGGAGGCAGACAGCGAGCCUCAGCUGGCCUUUUACACCGACCCAAACCGCAGUCGCCGCCGGAGUCGAGGUAUGAGAAAUGGUAACGCCAACAGCGCGUGGGGCUCAGGGGCAGGUUCCCCCCGGAGCCCCAUCAGUAAGACCACCCUGACUCUGAUCAGUGUCAUCAGCUGUGUGAUCGGCCUGGUUUACUCCUCUCACCUCUCCUGCAGCCUCUCAGUCCGGGUAAUCCUACAUGUGCCGGAGCACCUCAUCGCUGACGGAUCAAGGUUCAUUUUGCUGCAGGGGAGCCAGCUGGACGCUUCAGACUGGUUGAACCCUGCCCAGAUCUUGUUGUACUACCAGCAGAAUGCCAGCGGGCCCUGGGUCAGCGAGCUGUGCGGGCGACGCCUCCUGGACCCCUGUGAGCACCAGUGUGACCAGGAGACAGGAGAAUGCCUUUGCCUAGAUGGCUACAUGAAAGACCCAGUCCACAAGCACCUCUGCAUCCGCAGUGAGUGGGGGCCCAAUCAGGGUCCCUGGCCUUACACCAUCUUCCAACGCGGUUUUGAUCUUGUGAUGGGAGAACAACCCUCUGAUCGCAUUUUCAGGUUCACAUAUACGUUAGGAGAGGGAAUGUGGUUGCCGUUGAGUAAAAGCUUUGUCAUCCCCCCUGCUGAGCUCGCCAUCAACCCCUCAGCUAAGUGCAAGACGGACAUGACAGUCAUGGAGGAUGCAGUGGAUGUACGGGAGGAAUUGAUGAUCAGUUCAUCCUUUGACUCUUUGGAGGUUCUCUUGGACUCUUUUGGACCAGUUAGAGACUGCACCAAAGACAACGGAGGCUGCAGCCGCAACUUCCGCUGCAUAUCUGACCGAAAGCUGGACUCCACCGGAUGUGUGUGCCCUCCAGGGUUGAGUCCUAUGAAGGAUGGGACCGGGUGCUACGACCACCACAUCGGCAUUGACUGCUCUGACGGUUUCAAUGGAGGAUGUGAGCAGCUGUGUCUCCAGCAGCUGGCCCCUCUAGAGGAUGACCCAACACUCUACAACAUCCAGAUGUUCUGUGGGUGCAUCGAGGACUACAAGCGUGGUCCAGAUGGGAGGUCAUGCCUGCCGCUUUCUGAGGCCUGCACGGAGGGAAUCGACUGUGGGGAAGCAGCGGAUAUCCCAGCUAACCAGACUGUGUUCGGAGACCUUUUCUACGGAUACAACAACCACACCAAAGAGAGCACCUCCGGACAGAUCCUCAAGGCCACAUUCAGGCAGAAGAACUUUGCCCGAGGCAUCGAGCAGCAGCUCCCAGAUGGCAUGGUGGUGGCAUCAGUGCCAAUGGAAGUUCAGUGCCACGAGGAGCUGUCGGACCCUGUGCCCGACCCAGAAUACCUCACAGGUAUGGUGAACUACAGCGAGGUUUCCGGCUACCCCCUUGUUCAGCACUGGAGUCUUCGCUCUGUGCUAUACCACGUCAAACUCAAUCAGUGGGUCCUCUCUCAAGCCUUCAGCUCUGCCAUCCAUUCUCUGGACGGGGCGACGCAGCGGAUUGACUUUGUGUCCAUCCUCAGGGAGUUUGGGAACCACUACGUGCAGGAGGCAGUGUACGGGUUCCAGGAGUCCUGUACCAUCUGGUACCCCAACAAGCAGGUCCAGAGACAGCUGUGGCUGGAGUACCAGGAUAUUAGCAAAGGUAACUCACCUUCAGAGGAGUCAGAAGAGCGUGACAAGGAGCCCAGGACGCUGACUUAUCCUGCAUAUAUCGCCAGUCUGCUGGACACAGGUGCGAAGCGUAUGGCGGCCGGUGUCCGCAUGGACUGUACCAGCCAGGGCCAGUGCCCACGCUCCUGCCACCUCUGCCACAUGAGCCCGAGGGCGGCACAAGGUCGGCAGCAGUCUGAGCCUGUCCUGCUGCAGAUUACUAAGGCUGCACCCAUCUAUGAAUUAGUGUCCAACAAUGAGACAUACCAGGCCCUUCAGGAUGCAAUGAUGAGCAUGCUGUGGUGUUCAGGGAAGGGCGAUGUUAUCGAUGAUUGGUGUCGGUGUGAUUCCAGUGCUUUUGGCACAGACGGGCUGCCCACCUGUGCCCCACUUUCCCAACCUAUGCUGAAAUUGUCUUACACCUACGAGCCCAGCAGCUCAUUGGUCAUCAUGGAGUGGAACCACACUGAGCCACCAAUCGGUGUUCGGGUUGUUGAUUACCUCAUCAGCCAGGAGAAGGUGACAGAGAGGACUGACCACUCCAAAGUUGAGACAGAAACCCUUUUGAGCUUCGUGGAUGACAUCUUGUCUGGGGCCAGGUCUCCAUGUGUGAUGUUAGGGGAUAUCCCCAACCUCCUGUCCACUUCAGUCAGUAUGAUCAUUCGCUGCCUGGAGCCUGACACCACAUACAUGUUCCGGCUGUGGGCAGUAGACAACACAGGGCGCCGUUCCAGUCCAAGUGAGGUCACCAUCAAAACCCCGUGUCCAACUGUGGAUGACGUCAAAGCACAAGAAAUAGCCGAUAAGAUCUAUAACCUGUUCAAUGGCUAUACCAGUGGGAAGGAGCAACAAACGGCUUACAACACUCUGAUGGACCUGGGUGCUCCCACACUGCACCGUGUGCUCUACCACUACAACCAGCGCUAUGAGAGCUUCGGAGAAUUCACCUGGAGGUGUGAGGAUGAGCUAGGACCCAGGAAGGCCAGCCUCAUACUCUCCCAGUUAGAUGAACUCUCCCCAUGGUGUAAGGGUCUUCUCCAGGAGCCAAAGAUUGGCCUUCGCAGGAUGUCCCUGAAAUUCCUGUCCUGUCGUUACACUGACACCAAGGCUUUCGGCUUGAACUGGUCAGACAUGGGCCAGGAUGUACACAAGGCCUGCGACGAGCAGACACUCACUGUCAUGUAUAAUGACUAUGGUGAGCCCAAGGAGCUCUAAAGGUGUUUCUAAGGUUUCAUUGUGGAUGUGCACAGGAAUAUGGGAGAUUUGUCAAAUCCAACAAAGAAGUAAAUACAAUGCAGGUUUUACAUGUAUUUCCAUAAGAUAUAUGCAAAUAUAUAUGUAUUUAUGGUGACAUAAACAAAUUCUAAACAUAAUUUGAAAUGCCAUUUACUCUACUACACCACAAUGUAUUCAAAAGUCUAAUCAGAGUUUCCAGGAGGGAGGUGGUCUCUGCAGCAUGAUAAUCAUAUAAUAAAGUCCACUCCUCCCUUGCAAUGAUAACUGAAAAUCAGCGCAAGCUUGAAACAAUCUGCAGAUGCUUGACAAUAAAAGCCUUCCUAGCUUAAUGCCUCAACAUUUCUAAUUGGUCCAUCAUUCAUUGCUGUAUAAGACUGCAUAAUAAUGAUACAUAUUUUCUUUGUUAUACAUCAAAAUUGUAUGGAGUGAAGCACCAUUGGGAGCAAACAUCUUAUUGGAAGCAACUUUAAGAACAUGCAUUCUGUUUCACUUUUAUUUCUUUGUUGGACUAAACGAUCUCCAUCUUAAAUCUUUGAUACUGAAAUAGAACACUUUUAUCUUUUUCUUUUCUUUACCCUUUGCUGCAAAAAUCUUACAUUUUCAUUGUGUAGGUUAGAUCAGAAGGUAAUACCAUUUGGCUUCUUCAUAUUCAUUCAGGUAUUAAAAGGUCAGAUCUGGGACAUAAAGGGUUAUACAUCAGCUCAUUUGUGCCUGUUUAAAUCAAAAGUCAUAGUCAUACCGUUAGAAAUAAUGAAAAAUUAUAAAAGGCAACUCUUGAUGUCAAACAAGAGAUCAAAAAAAAAAAACAAUAGUGAUAGUGACUUUGUAUGCAUCCCACAUCCAUCAUACAGCCUGGAUACAGUUAGUUGAUUCUUAGACCGAACUAGUGUAAAAUCGGUGCUUUGUUUCUUUGAAAGUUUACAUGAUGAAUGGACACAGGAGAGACUGGAUGCUGUAAAAAAAAAAAAAAUUACAGUUAUAACUCAUUUUAGCUUUUAGCAGUAUCACUUAUACAUUCCAACCACUGAUAAAUAUUUUAGUGGUUCACAGCUUCCGGUGCUUGCCGGACGCAUUUAUUAUGAAUAGCUGCAACACACUCAGCAGGUGAACACUUGGGCUAAACAUCAAGUAUCUCCUCAAGUCGUUUUUCGGUACAUGUUGCGCGAUUGCGUGGAGUCAGUCAUACAUCGACACAUGCAGUUUUCACUUAUCACUUCUUUAUUGACAGAUUUGACUCCUGAACUAGUACUUACAAACCUGGUUUUGUUUUUUGUCAUUUUGACAUGUUGAAGCGCUAAUGCAGUGGAAGAUACAUAAGGAAUUGUCAUGUAACGGAAAGAAAGCCAGUAUUUUACAAAGGUAUCUAUGUUUAUCCGUGAUGAGGUAGCAUGUGAGCAGUUUUUAAAGUAAAAGAGAUUUUACUAGAAAGGUCAAAUAAAGAAAAAACUAUGUGGGAGUUAUUUUAGUAGUGCCGACAUAUAGUUUUAGCAAUAUAACCUGCUGAAUGUAGUACUGAUUGUUUGCAUGUGUAAAGGAAGCUGUUAUAAAGGAGUUUUACUUAAUGACAGACAUCACAGCCCGGUCGAUUAUCUCUACAUGCUCAACUAAACAUGCCAAAAUGAUUUGACGGUAUUUUCUUUUAUCAUUUUACAGUUUCGACAUCAUACCUGAUCUAACCAAUGAACUCUGUUAAAACUGAUCAUUCUAGAUUGAACCUGUAAAUUAACAGCGUCUCAAUGUUUUCAAAAUGCUUUUCUAUGUUUAAAUUUCAUGCAAUCGUUAGUCUUUAGAAUGAUCUUUUUGACAUUUCUGCUUAUACUGUGUGUUUAUUGUCAGAAUAUUUUUACUUUCAUUUGACUGAAUUUGUUAUGUUAUUCUGUGUUAUUUUAUUACUGUGCAGUGGCCAUAUUGGAGAUUGAUGUCAAAGAAAUGCAAAUGCAUAUUAGUUGUUGAUUUUUUUUUUUAAACAAAUCUCAUAUGUGAAUACUAAAUUGAACGCUUGUAGAUUUUUGUAUAGACAGCAAAGUAUUUCAUAAAUGCAUCACAUUCUAGCACAGUACUGUGUUUUAAUUCUGUAUAUAAAUGUACAACAGCUGAUAUUUUACAACAUUUACGUGUGCUUUAGUAGAUACAAUAUUGUACUGUAACAUCUGCUGUGUAGCUUAGUCUUUGGAAUCAGAUCAAGUCACUCUUUCCAGUUUUAAAGUAAUGAGCAGAAGGUUUUACUUUCUUAGAUCUGAUUGGACUGAACGUUUGUCAUUAACUGUAAGUGACUGGUUGGUUAAUUAAUAGACCAUGAUAUAAUUCUAUCUAACGAAAUGGUAAAAUAACAAACUUAUUGAGUGGAAUUGAACAUUAAAUGAAUAGGGCCUGGAGACCUCCUGACCUUUGAGAGAAAUGUCAACCCAACCAUCUACUAUCUGCAUGAUAUUAUUCCUUCUAUACUGUACGCGGCUUCAUAAUCUUCAAAUCUUCAAAUCUUUUUCACUAUAAUCUUUGCUACUUCAAAGAACAAUAAAGAAUACACUAUGAAAAGUGGCCGUAUAGACACUUCUGAUCUUUACUCUGAAUCUUACAGAGCCUGUUAGCUCCUGCAGCCUGUCAUGUGUUAGAAAUAUUUUUUUUAAAUUUAUAUGCACACAAAAUAUGAAUGCUCCAGUAUGGCUGUCAAGUUACUGUAGCAAUGGGCACUGAAGUUACUGGUCGUUGUGGUUACUCCAGUCAGUCAGGGAAAAGGACCCAGACUGUUAAAAGCCAGCCUCUUCCUGUGGGUUAUCCAAAUUACUCAGUGUACAUGCACAGGAAUCCACACAGGUGACAUCCUGUGCCAAUGGACAUAAAUCCAAUAAAACCACCCAGAAACAAAUUAUAGGGGUCAUUAUAAAGUUGCUAUUUAUU